AACCCAUUAAUAAUUGAUAAAAGGCAAAACACUUACAACUGGACAAGGACUGAUGUCCUUACACUUGUGGCACUCAAUUGAGGUGUCCUAUUUUGCAUAAGAUUCUCUUCUUCUUCUUCUUCUUCUUCUUCUUUUCUUCUUCUUCUUCUUUUUUUUUUUUUCUUUUAAAAUUAUAUUUCCCCCAUUCUUCACUCUCUCUCUGAUAUCUACUCUAUAAAUACCCUUUCUCACACUCUUAUUUUCUUCAUCAUCUCUAUAUCUCUUUAAUUUCCUCAUUAUUAUUUCUUUAAACAACUAAUUUUUCCUAAUUCCUUUCUUCUCUGAGUUAACAUCCUCUCCAAUGGCCACUGAGGUUGAACCAGCUGCACCUUUGCCAGAGACAGUGGAGGUGGUGAAGGUUGAGGAAAAAUCCCCCGAAGAACAGCCCGUGAUCGAGGCAGAUCCAGAGGUUGAGCCAACCAACUUAGAAGAACCCAAACCUGAAGCUCCAGAGCCAGAUCAGACAGACGAAUCAACGGAGGCUCCCGUGGAGUCCGCGAACCCUGUAGAGGAAUCCAAAGUUGAAGAGGAUCAAGAAAAGAAGGAAGAAACAGUAGUGACAACCGAAACAGUAGAAAAAGAAGAAGCGGUGGCCGAAGACGAAGAGCCUGCAAAGGCUGAGGAGCGUCCAGCAGCCGAGGUCGAGGCCGAACCCCCGGUGGAGGAAGAGAAAGUAGUUGAAGAAGAGAAACCAGUUGAGGUAGCAGAAGAGAAGAGCCAAGAAUAGAGAUCACAUGAAAAAAGUUACUAUGGAAGAGUGGUGGGGGCAAUAUUAAUUUAUGAUCUCUGCUUUGUGGGACAAGUACUAGUUUAAUAUAAUUAUGUGCUGUUUUUCUUUUCCUAUUUCUCAAAAAAGAAACUUGAUUUUCUAUUGGUUUAUUGACGUUUAUUGAGUGGGGAAUAUUUGAAUUAUAUUAUAUGAAAGUUAAUGAUGUAUUAUGGAGUAUAGUUGAAGAAUUUGGACUACUAUAUAUGCAUGGGAGGUGAAGAAGAUGUUUGAUCUCAACUUCUAAGAGUUAGAAUUUGAUAAAUAUUGGUGUGUGUGUGAAAGAGUGCUUUACCUCAAGUUUCUUAGUGGGAUUUAUGUAAUUUAUUAUUUAUUUUCUAUGUACAAAUUAUUAGGUUUUCCAAAGUUAAAAAAUAUAUAUUAUAUAUUGUGACCUUGGAAAGAAAUUAAAUGAUGAGGGAGAAUUUAUUGGA